AUGCUACACGAUGAAAACCUUGAUGAUGAAUUCUCCCAUGAAAGAACACACUUCUGUUGGAUUAAAAAUUUAUCGCGACUAGUCAAUCAUCAAUUGAAUGCACAUCAGUCCAACAAGUGGUUAAAGUUUAAGAAUUACUCGAACAAAAUGCAAGUACCAUACAUAGUUUACGCAGAUUUUGAGUGUUUGUUGGAGAAUUCCUCACAGUCUUCUGAAUCAUCGCAUACGAAGAUAUAUCAGAAACAUGUACCAUAUAGCACUGAAUUCGAAAACGCUGAAGUAUGUCACAUUUGCGAGCUAAAAUUUGUGCAUCCAAAUGAUCGCGUGGAGGAUCAUUGUCAUGUUACAGGACUAUAUCGCGGGCCUGCACAUUUAAAUUGUAAUCUGAAUUACAAACUGAAUCGCACCGUACCCGUUGUAUUUCACAACUUGAGUGGUUACGAUGCACACUUCAUAAUCGGUGAAUUGGCUAAUAUUAAAUCAUCCUCGCUCAGUGUUCUUCCAAUUACCAAAGAAAAGUACAUAGCAUUCACUCAGACGUUUCACAGCCUCGCCGUAAGACUUCAAUUCAUCGAUUCUUAUCGACAGAUGAGUUCGAGUUUAGCCGAACUCAGUUCUUACCUGCGACACAAUGAUUUAACGAAUUUGGAAUGUCAAUGCCCCAACGCCACAGAUUCGCAAUUCAAUCUUCUAACCUGCAAAGGGAUAUUUCUGUAUGAUUACGUGACCGAAGUUGACCGACUGAACGAACGCUCAUUACCCUCGAAAGAAUCAUUUUAUAACGUAUUGAACGACCAAAAUAUUGAAGACGAAGACUAUGCUCAUGCACAGAACGUUUGGUGUAGUUUUAAUAUCACAACAUUGGGCGAGUAUAGUGAUUUGUAUCUGAAAAUUGACGUCAUGCUCCUUGCAGACGUCUUUCAAAAUUUCCGCGAUAAUUGCCUCCGAAUAUAUAAGCUAGAUCCAGCACAAUACUGUACUUUACCUGGUUUUACUUGGGAUUGCAUGCUUUUCCACACAAAAAUUCAUCUGGAAUUGCUCACGGACGUUGAUAUGCUGCUGUUCAUUGAAGUAGGCUUGCGUGGAGGAUUGAGUCAAUGCUCGAAUCGAUACAGUAAAGCAAAUAAUAAAUACAUGACAGACUACAAUCCACAGUUGGAAACCAAAUCAUUGCUCUACUUGGAUGUAAAUAAUUUAUAUGGUCGGGCGAUGUCUCAGUACCUGCCUUGUAGAAAUUUUGAAUGGGUGCAUCGAGUACAUGAUUUUGAUUUCAUGCACGUCGGUGAAGAGUCUGAUGAUGGAUACAUAUUGGAGGUAGAUUUAGAAUACCCCGCCAAUGUUCACGUAUUACAUCAAGACUUACCCUUUUGUCCAAAUCAUCAAGAACCGCCCGGUGGGAAAACUCCUAAACUUUUAGCUACGUUGCAGAACAAGACACCAUCGUUGAAGAGUUAUAUUGAUUUGAACACGACGUUAAGAGCCAAAAGUGCCAACAAAUUCGAACAGAAUCUAUACGAACUGAUGAACAACGCGGUAUUUGGUAAAACAAUGGAAAAUGUUCGUAAAUAUUCAGACGUCAAGUUAGCGCAAAAAUGGCAUGGACGUUGCGGUGCCAAAGCACUGAUAUCGCAACCAAAUUUCCACAGUCGAAGUAUAUUCGAUGAUAAUUUCGUUGCGAUACAGCUGAACAGAUUCGCCACCAGCGAUUAUCCUGCGGAUAAUAUUUAUAAAAUCCCUCAGGUUAACAAAAAAGUUGUAGGACUAAUGAAGAAUGAGAGAAAUGGCGAAAUAAUGACUGAAUUUGUCGGAUUGCGAUCCAAAAUGUAUGCGACGCGAAUGGAUGACAAUAAGAUCGUGAAGAGAGCAAAAGGUGUGAAAAAUAAUGUAUUGAACCAUCAAAUAACUUUCGAAAAUUAUCUCGACUGCCUUAACCAACACGAGAGUAUUUCAAAAACGCAGCGGACCAUUCGUUCGAUUCUGCAUAAAGUGUAUUCAAUUCGACAAUUGAAACUUGCUUCAAGCCAUCACGAUGAUAAGCGGUAUUUACUACUCGAUAGUACAGACACGUUACCCUGGGGGAUGGUAGAAAUUACACCAUCUGUAUAG